UUCCAAUAUCCAGUAUGGAAACUUUGAGCCAUCUCCCUUACCAUUGAGUUGUGUACCAAUGUUGCUGGAGUACCACAUUGUCAUUGUGUACCAAUCAUAUACACAUUGUCAUUGUGUACCAAUCAAACCUUAAGUGUUGAUGCUGAUCAGUCCGGAGGGUGAUGAGCACGAGAUAGAAGGAAACGAAGAUUGUUGCAUACUUGAAUCAACAGAGAACGCCGGACUGGAACUGCCUUACUCGUGUAGUUCAGGGACUUGUGGUUGUGGGACAUGUUGUGGGAAGGUGUCGGGGAAAGUGGAUCAGUCACUAGGAUCCUUUCUUGAGGAAGAGCAAAUUCAAAAUGGCUACAUCCUCACUCACGUCACGUGCAUCUCACUACCAUAGUCACUAGAAGACUAUGUCGUUUACACCCACAAACAAACCGAUCUUAUCUUAUAUGAUUAUGAGUACACAUGCUGCCUGCCUCAAAAUUUUGAAGACUCGGUAGAAAAUAGAAUUGAUGUACUAAUUAGUAAAUAG